CCUAUGGCCAUCUUUGCUUACCUUGCUACCUUUCUCACAUUUGCUGCCCUCGUCCUCCAGAUCUUUACUUUGAUCGGCAAUACAUCAAACCGAUCGUUCUUAACUGAUCUAUACUAUGCUCGUAUAGACUAUGGAACUGCCUUUUAUACCUUUGGCUUAUGGUCAUAUUGUACCGGUUCAGGCGACACUGUAUCAGAGUGCAGUGAUCCGGCUGCUGGUUACAAAAUAACUGAAAUCAAGGAAAUCGGUUCCUUGUUAAAUAACACCUACGAUCAACUGGUCUUUGCGGACUUUAUCCUUUACUGGAUUGGCUUUGGCUUGACAUUCUUUGCUCUGGUAAUUACUCUCUGCAGUCACUUCAGAAGAUUCCCCGAUAUUGUGGCUUCAAUUUGCAGCUUCUUGGCCUUUGUGGUUAUGUUGGCAUCAUUCGCAAUCAUGCUUGUACCUGUCGUCGCCCUUAAACGCAUGGAUUCGGUCAAAGAAAGCAGCGUGACAAUAGACGAGCAUUUUGGCCCCACCGUAUGGAUGACAUUGGGUGCUGCAGUCGCUCUUUUACUAUCUUCACUUUGGUAUCUCAUUAGCUGCUGCACUGGCUCGGGAAGAAGAGUACAUGACACCGAGAAACUAUAAAUCAUCAUUCAUAAAACCAUCAACCAUAAAGCCAAAAUAUCUAUUUAUCUAUUGUACCUAAUUUAACCUUGUUCUGUAUUAUCAUUGUCCCUUUCUUAUGUUAAUUCCCUCUUAUCCUAUUAAUUACACCUUAUUCAUACCUUACCAAAUUAUAAUAUAAAAUAAAAAAAUACAAGCUUAUUAUUGUGUACAUCAUGAC